AUGUCGAGUUUUCGGGACUACUCCGGUGUUUAUCUUGGGAAUCAUUAUUCAAACCGCAGCGUAUAUCUGUGCUUCAUUUGCUACAAAUUAUGGCAUUUAUACCUUGCUCAAGGUGUGUUUGUCGGUAUAUCUUUUGUCAUGGUUUUCAUACCCGCUACCUUCAUUCUUCCAACGUGGUUCGACAAGCGCAUGGCAACCGCUAUGGGCAUCACAGUGGGCGGUGCUGGGCUUGGAGGAGUGGUUUUUUCACUUAGUAUCAACAAGUUAAUUGACACCACCGGAGACCAGAGAUGGGCACUUCGAAUGUGUGGAAUUGUCACUGGAUCAGCAGCAACGUUUGCAGCGUUAAUAUUACGGCCCCGCAAGCGUAUAAACACCCCAUUGAAGGCUACACUCACCAAAGAGUUCAUUUUAGCCAAUGCCAAAAUCAUGUUCAAUUUUAAGAUUUUUCGCAGGUACCCACUCGCGAUUCUUGCCUUGUGGUUUCUGGUCAUUUUGAUGAAUUAUAUCAUUCUUCUCUUCUCCCUUGCACCAUAUGCCCAGCUGGUGGGCCUCUCAGCAUCUCAGGGCUCUAAUAUUACCGCCAUCUUGAACGCAGCCCAAGUGGUUGGAAGACCCAUUAUGGGUUAUUUUGGAGACUCAAUUGGCCGCAAUAAUACCUCCGGUCUUGUAUCUUUAACAUGCAGCAUACUAAUCUUGGCAUUCUGGAUCAAUGCUAAAACUUAUGCCAGUCUUAUUGGAUUUUCCGUUCUCAUUGGCUUUAUCGUUGGAGUGGGAAGUACCAUGGCUCAGUCAAUGGCUGCGGAUCUCGUAGAAAUUCCUGCUCAUUUGCCGGCAGCAUGGUCUGGGCUUAAUAUUUUGGUUGGGUUUUUCUCCUUGGUUGCUGAAGUGAUAGCAUUGAAAUUGGUAAAUCUGUCGCUGAAAAGACAAUAUUUGCACCCACAAAUUUUCACCGGAGUAUGCUUUUUUUUCGGAUUUUUACUUAUGAUGGUUAAUCGAGAAUGGCUCGUUCGGCGCAAAUUACAAACCCGACGCCAUGCUCUCGAGGAAAUGUCCGAAACAGAUGAACUAGAAAAAGAAAAAGACAUAAACCAGGUUCAAUUAGGAACCUAUAAUAGGUUAUUAACACCCCAGCAUUAUUUCACAAGAAUGUUCUAUCCAAUACGGGUAUAG